AUGGGUUCUCGGUGCUGGUCCUGCGGCGAGGACUCGGUGUCGCCGGACCCGGGCUCGGGCGCGCUCGUCUGCACCUCCUGCGGCCUCCAACACGACGCCGGCGCCUCCGAGUUCUACAACCCGACCGCCUUCACGGAGGACGGCCAGCUCGAUUUCCGCGCCUCCUCCCUCGUCCGCCACCUCUCCCAGACCCCCUACCGCGAGCUCAAGCUUGCCGCCGCCUCCAACGUCAUCACCUCCAUGGCCGUCCAACUCGGCCUCUCGCCCACCCGCGCCGAGGAGAUCCUCUCCAUGGCCAAAUCCGCCACCGCCGGGAACCUCGCCACCCCCGGCACCACCUUCCUCCCGGCCCUCGCCGCCGCCUGCUCCUUCCUCGUCGCGCGAUCUCAUCGCCUCCCGCUCUCCCUCGCCGAGGCCGCCGAGGCCGCGGCCUGCACCACGGUCGCGCUCGGUGACCUCGUAUCCCGCAUCGCCUCCCACCUCUCCCUUCCUCCCCUCCCUUCCUUCGACUACCAGGCCGCGCUCGAACGUGCCGUGCUCGGCUCGUACAAGCUCGCCACCGCUGCGGGUGAGGAGAAGACGAGAGCGAUUCUCUCCCAAGCCAGAUUUCUUCUCCGCUGCUCCUCCAAGUGGUCGCUCACCACCGGGCGGCACCCGCUCCCACUUCUCGCCGGCCUGAUUGCCUUCGCCGCAGAGCUGAACGGGGUCGCUGAGGUUUCUGUAGAAGACAUUGCUCAGGAGAUGUCCGCGGUCGUGCACACCAGCCGUCUCCGAUACAAGGAGCUCGUUAAAGCGCUGGUGCAUGUCGCGCAGAAGUUGCUUCCCUGGGGAGCCGACGUCAAUGCCAGAAACCUGCUCCUGAACGCCCCGAUGCUGCUCCAGCUCAUGGAGAUGCGGUCACAGUCCGACCCAUCGGAACUGUUUCUUGAGAGCUUCGCUCCGGACAUUGCCGGCAUUGUGCAGGUGUACUCAUCUGUUGAUGAGGACGAGUUCAAGUACCUUCAGAUUGUUCCCCUGGAUGUUGAUGAUUUGGAUUUCGAGAAUUCUGGGAAAGAGGGCAAGGAAUCAGGGGAUUUGAAGAUCUCAGAGGAUUGCCUGUCGGAUGCUUACCAGAAUGUCUUAAAGAGGCUCUCUAAGCUAAAGGAACUUGGGAAGGUUGGGAAAGUUGCUAGCAGGAGGAAGCAGCGGAGGAUAGGGCUGGAGCUGGAACCAUGGAUGGAUUCGCUGGAUGAUGAUUGGACCAAGCGCAUGCCGCUUGAGGAGAUAGCCGAUAUUGACAUUGGCUAUGAUGCACCUCCUCCGUCGUUUACUGCUGGAUUGGAGCAUCAGAAGCGGAGGAGAGCACGAAUUGAAGCUGCUAAGUGUCGAAUUGACGCAAUUAGGAAGGCUCCUGCUGCGCGUACUGCAAAUGCAAUUGAUUCACCGGCUGUUCAUGGAAAUGAAGAUGCUUGCCCACCACAAAAAAAUAGCAGGAAGAAGCUGGGUCGAAAGAGACGACAUGGUGAACAUCCUGCGGAGAUGUCAGACGCUCCUGACUCUGGGAAGAAGAAACGGAAAACAGACCCAUGUGAUGGUAUUGACUGGGAAGAUUGUGUUAUCGAACUCCUUUUAUUACAUGGUGCAAAUGAGGCAGAGAUUGAACAAGGCCAAUACAGAAGACUGUUGGAGUUGCAUGUCUUCAGUGCAAUAAGUGGAGACAGAUAA